AUGGCAGGCGAAUGGUUUCGACGGACCCCUGCCCGGGAGAAUAUCGAGGCAAAUGAUCGUGAGGAAGCAGGACAAGUUCGCACCGAAGAUGAGAGCAUUGAAGCAUCUAGAACGGAGUUUUGUGAAAGCGACGAGUCAUUACCAUUAUCGGAGUCUACUUCUGGGCUAAUGAGACGAUACCGCAUCGUCACGGACUUGAGCAACAGACUUAUAGAAGCUAGACCCAGGGUUGUCUUUCGGGCACACUACGUUGUGCCCGGGUUCGAAAACGCCCUUCCACUCUUAGACAGCAAGGCGCCUGAUUCCAAUCACGUCUACGGUCUCAUACACUUUCUGAAACAUGGCGAACCUGCUUGGACUUCUGACGGUUUUGAACAUGAAAUGAGCAAGGUGAUAUCUGCGUAUUAUCGCUGUGCCAAAGAGGGGCGGAGUAAAGGUUCAUGGGUGAUGGACUAUGUUCGACCGCUCUUAGACUUGGCUAUCGAUGAUCUGCCCUUGGAAUCGUGGAGCGUGCAAGCCGAACCUGUGAGAGACAAGUAUCUGCCUGCUCAUAGUGCGAGAGAGAUGUUCAAUCAUAACCUUGACUUAGUCGUUGGUCUACCGAAAGAGCCUUGGAAAGAAUGUUAUAGGCUCGCCGGGAUAGAUAUCCCUGACCGAGAGAUGAGUCACAUCGAGCAUGCGCACACAGGGAAAAGACUACUUGGCCUCGGUGUUAAAGUCAAAGGACUUAAUGGUACUAGUGCUGAAGCUCGAGUACAAUUGGGAGUAUGGAUGGCUGGUCUAAUGUCUUGGGCUCAUGAUUCUUAUCGACAUGUCUGCCCGGGUAUUCCCCCUCCACCUAUUAUCGGAUGCACAGUGGUGGGGCCUAUCUGGAAGUUCUACAUAAUAUAUGCGAUGGGUUGUUCUUCUGGGGCGUUAAAAGAUGUGUAUGUCUGGGGUCCCAUUCCCGAGCUCGAGGGGGAUGCCACAAGCCGAAAAUGCAUGCUUGAAUUUGUCAUCACCCUGAACCGUGUCAUGAAGUAUAUCCGCAGGGAUUAUGCGCCGCUAAUGUUUGGUCGCCUUAACUUGAAUCUCUGACGAGCCGAGUCUCACGCUGGUUCCAUUUCCUGUCCCUUCAUGGCGAAAUUUGCCACGGC